CUUGUGCUCCUCUAGCAUAAAUAUUACCCUGUUCGUCCAUAUGUGCACUAAAUGGUUUGUAGGUCCAUUUAUCCUAUAAGAAAAUACAUAGUGCUACAAAAAAAUAUGAAGAAAAUAUAUGCUCUCAAAUAUCUGCUUCAUGUUGAAUAUUUUUAUAUCUAACAAGAAAAAAAGAACACGGUAUCGUUGGGGUGAAUCGAUAUUUUGAUUAAAUGGCAAAGCUUCCAGUUGAAGAUACAAAAAAAAAAUAUUUAUAAACUUCAACACCCCGUAUCUUUUUAAUGAAGCCCUCGGGGAAAAAACCUUACAUAGAAGACCCCACCUUAAAGUGCGGUCCUGUGUACGGUGUUUUAUGUUUGGUCACUACUUGAGAAUCACCCUGUAUAGUGCUUAUGUUUGCAAUAUCAAAAGGUCCAGUGUAUAGAACAAUUGAAUAUAUGAGAUAAAACCUCACAACUGUCAAUCAAAAUCCACGUUGACAGAAAUCUAAUACCAUCCACGAAAUCAGGAAAAGAUUCUCUAUUACCUCCUGCAUUCAAGUAUAACCAUAAGUCUGACGUCAUAAAUUGCAUGAGUUUAAUGCUGUUUUAAUAUUGAAGUAGAGAGCUGAGGGUGUCACCGUUACAGAAAUUCACCGAGAAAGAAUUCCAGGAUGUAGUGCGGAAAAUGGGAAGCCCACAAGUUUUCCUCUUUAGAAGUCCUUCCAGGAUAAAUGCUAGCAUUAAAGAAAUCACCGAUGGAUAUCAUUCUGCGUACAAUCCAAACGCCGAGUUGUUUCCGGAAAAUUAUACAGAUCUACUGGGCAAUUCGGAUUUGGACAUUCAGAAAAUCAGGCAAGUCCUUAACAGCAGUAAAUCUGAGAAUGUUUUAUCAGCCAUCAUAACCCCGACUGUUAGACGGCCGAAAAGGCAGUCUGAAGAGUCAGCAAUCAACGAAUCAUCCAAGUCAAUCAUAUAUCGAGCUCAAAACAGCAACAACAAACUCUUCGCGCUGUUAUACUCGUCGAAACCGCUGCUUCUGAAGAGAAAUGACUCGGAUGAGUUCCCGGAACUCCAUCUAGGCAGGACCAAUGACGAUAUGGUCAUAUAUGACACUAGACUGAACGUCAUGGUCAUACCGAUGGAAACCACUGGAAAAGUCACGUUGAGAUUCACCUUUUCAAAGGUGAACGGGUAUUGGUACAUGUCCUCGGUGAAAGUCACAGACACAAAUACCAACAAGGAGUACAAUCUGACAACUGAUGAGGAUAUAAUGGCUCCCGAGUACUUUUCGUACCACUGUAAUGGAUACAGCGUGUUUUCCGACGGCAACGGUACGGAGUUGUUCAUUUACGACAUUCAGGUGCAGAUCGACUCGAAAGACGGCAAAUUCGGCGACGUGAACGACUGCGUUACUUUCACGACUGCGCCUAUCUGGUCAGGAUUGUUUGUGACGACCAUUCUGGGCAUCGGCCUGAUUGUAGCUUUGAGCGCGAUCAUGGACAUCAAGACCAUGGACAAAUUCGACAACCAUAAGACGAAGAAUCUAGCCAUCACCAUUUCAGAGUAAAGACGAUAUCACACUAUGCGCUCUUGAUGUCUCGCUUCAGUCUUAUUUGGACGUGUUGCUAUAUCAGAAUCAUAUCUACCUUUUAUAAGAGACGGUGUCGGAUGCAUGCGACCACAAAUACAUAUGCAGGGUCUCCCAACGAACAUGGAAAGUAGUUUUGUGGAAAAUUGGAAAAGUUAAAAAUCUGUUUUCGUGGCAACACAACAAAAAUAAUCUCAGUCUAAGAAAAUCAAUUGUUAAUAAUUUAAAAAAAAAUACUAAUGAAUUGCUGUCUUGGAUUAGGAUGAGUCUUGCUGAUCUGGAAGAAGUGCUGAAAUUUCAUUCUAUUCUUAUAGGGUGUCUCAAAACGCAAAAUGCACCUUUUCUCAGUAAUUUCAAAAGGAACACCCUAUAUAUUUCUACAUCUCUAUAGGUCGGUCUCGAUAGUUUUUUGUGGUCACAGGAUGUACUGGUUUUUGUUUUUGUGUGUUCAAUAGUAGGAAAAUGAAGGAUAUUGGUAGCAUGUGUGUUAGGUCAAUUUACAGAUAUCAAGUGAAAUCAACUUAUUUUGAGUCUAAAAAGACGUGUAUACUUUUCAAUUCCAUUUAAAUAUUGCUAUAUUUUUAGCUGUUGUACAUACCUAUGCAUAUACACAUGUUUCGCACAAAUAUAUCGGUAUUACAGCAAAGGUUGAAAGGAUCUCAGCAAUAAUAAUAAAUUAGUUUACAUGGAUUUCGGCAUAAGGGAUAUAUCAAUUUUGGUAUUUAAUAUCCUAGUUUUGCAAAAAUAAUUGUACCUAUAAUCUUUGGCAUCUGCGAUCUGACACUGUCUCAGGAUUUUACCAAAUUGUAUAUUUAAGACAUUCCCUGUGAUGUGUAUAUUAUUUCAUGUAAAAUAUAACUAUAAACAAUAAAUAUUUCCU